GCGUUUCAUGCUGUCGCCUUCUCAUCAUCGAUUGAUUCCAAUCGAGCGCGGCGGCGAGCACGACGACCACAAGCAUGACCAGUCGGGUUGGAAGCAAGCUCAAGUUUGCUGGAAAGGCCAAGGAGGCCGCCCCAGAGGUUGUCCGCUCCGGAUAUGUCACGAAAAUGGGUCAAGUUGUGAAGAACUGGAAGAUGCGCUGGUUGGAGCUGUACAGCAAUGGCAUGUUGGUGUACUACAAGAAGGAGCCGCGCAAGGACGACAAACCGCAAGGCGAAGUCAACAUCGCCAGCGACUGCCUCGACAUCCUCACACACGCUCAGGCAACCGCCAAACAAAUGUGCAAAUGGCCUGAGGACGUCGCCGACGGUUCUGGGUUUGCACUCGUGACGCGGUCUGGGCGCACCUAUUUCAUGUAUUGCGAUUCUGUCGAGGAGGCUGAGCGCUGGAUCACCAUGUGCGCAAACGUUGCCGCCAAUGCACGAUAUGAGGACGGCGGCGACAGCAUCCGCGAGAUACGGUCCCGUCGCGGAUCUGUCAGGCGCCCGGAGACGAGCAAGCAGCAGACGGAGCUUGUGCCUGAUUUGCCCAACGAUGAAGGCAAGGACGUGUGUUAUGUGCACAAGGUUGUUGGCGGUGUGGUGAUCAAGGAGAAGCACACGGUGCAGUGACGCCACGCGUGUAGUGGUGGUGGUGGUGGUGGUGGUGAUUUCUUGUUCUGUCUAAAGCUAUGGUUUGAAUGAUUGACUGAUUGGUUGCGAUGCUGACAGCAGUGAUGAUGAUGAUGCUGAUGAUGAUGAUGAUGAUGAUGAGUUCAUGCUCGUUCGAAACUCGUUCGUUGUGACUGUAAUGAACCAAAGUUUGAUAUUGAGCUGUGACAACAACAAAGGAAGACAUGCGACGCAC